AUGAACACCAGUGAACUAGGCUCCAACUUUACCCUGUCCUCUAACACAGAAAACAUCACUCUGUCCAGCCUGACAUCCACCGCCAUCUCUCCCACCACUGCACUAACUCCAUCCUAUUCUUCAGACAUCCAUGACCCACAAUUCACCAUCAUGGUGGUGCUUGGCUUAUCGCUGCUGCUGGCAGGGUUGGCAGCCUUCCUGGCAGUGUGCCGGCCCUCUGAACAGGACGGGGACUCUGAGGCCAGCUGUGGCCCAGGGGAGAGCUUGACCCUUGGAAAAAGCCAUUCCAGUGAGCCCCAGCUCAAAGUGUGGAAGAGGCUGGGCUCCUAUCGUCGUUCAUACAACAUCUCCUUCAGAAGACCGCCGUAUCGCAGGCCGCACGAGCGUGACAGCACACAUGCUUCUCAGUCUCCAGACAGACAGACAGUACAGCCAGAGGCCAGAGUGGAGCCGCACCUCACCAUGCCUUGCCUAUUUGACUACGUCACUGAAAUCUAA